AUGAGACACAAAUUGGAUGAACAAUUUGGGAGAUUCAUUGAUAUGCUAAAACAACUUCAUCUUUCUCUACCUUUUACCGAUGUGAUCAACCAAAUGCCAAAUUAUGCCAAAUUCCUCAAGGACAUUUUGAGUGGGAAAAGAACUUGUGAGGUUGUGGAGACUAUCAAUUUGGCCGAAAAUUGUAGUGCUAUCAUCAUGAACAAAAUGCCACCCAAAUCGAAAGACCCCGGAAACUUCUCCAUCCCUUGUGCCAUUAAUAAGAUGCAAAUUGAUAAUGCCUUAUGUGACUUGGGAGCUAGUGUGAGCAUAAUGCCAUAUUUGGUUUAUCAAAGACUUGAACUAGGGGAACUCUUACCUUCUAACAUUACCUUGCAAUUAGCCGAUAGGUUAAUCAAGUUUCCAAAAGGUAAGGUAGAAGAUGUUCCAUUGAGGGUUUGGAAGUUUGUGUUCUCGGUGGAUUUUAUUGUGCUUGAAAUGGAUGAAGAUGCUACUAUUCCAAUCGUUUUAGGUAGACCCUUUCUUGCUACUUCGGGUGCUAUGAUUGAUGUGAGGAGUGCAAAGAUUUCCUUUAAGGUAGGAGAUGAGGACAAAGUAGGUACACCAUGCAAGGAAAUGGCAUUCUAUGAGGAAUUGCUUAAUGGAAGCAUGGAUGGAGGAAGUGGAUGA